AUGCUUAACCUUCCCACGACAUUUCUUUUCUCUGGUGGUGGAAGUGGUGUUCUACAAGGAACUACUUGUGAGGCCAUCUUGUGCACACUAACCGCGGCGAGGGACCAAAUGAUAGACAAAAUUGGGAGAGAAAACAUAGGGAAGCCUGUUGUUUAUGGAUCUGAUCAAACCCAUUCUGCUGCAUUUGGGUUAUCUCCCGAUUCACUAAGGUCAGCAAUUCAAUCAGAUAUCAAAUCUGGGUUAAUUCCAUUUUUUUCCUGUGCCACUAUAGGGGCUACUUCAUCCAAUGCGGUUGAUCCAUUGGGGCCAUUAUGUGAUGUAGCAAAAGAUUAUAAUAUAUGGGUUCAUAUUGAUGCUGCAUAUGCAGGAAGUGCAAUUAUUUGCCCAGAGUUUCGCCAUUUUCUUCGUGGUAUUGAGGGUGCUCACUCAUGUAGCCUCAAUGCACAUAAAUGGUUCUUCACCACUUUGGAUUGUUGUCGUCUUUGGGUAAAGGAACCAAGUGCCCUAAUCAAAGCUCUCUCAAAUGAUCCGGAGUAUUUGAAGAACAAGGCUUCUGAUUCAAAACAAGUGGUGGACUACAAAGACUAG